AUCUCUUAGCGUUGCAGCAAUGUCUGGUCGCGGCAAGGGCGGUAAGGGUCUGGGCAAGGGCGGCGCCAAGCGCCACCGUAAGGUGCUGCGCGACAACAUCCAGGGCAUCACCAAGCCCGCCAUCCGGCGGCUGGCCCGGCGCGGCGGCGUCAAGCGCAUCUCCGGCCUCAUCUACGAGGAGACCCGCGGGGUGCUCAAGGUGUUCCUGGAGAACGUGAUCCGGGACGCCGUCACCUACACGGAGCACGCCAAGCGCAAGACGGUCACGGCCAUGGACGUGGUCUACGCGCUCAAGCGCCAGGGCCGCACCCUCUACGGCUUCGGGGGCUGAGCGCACCGGAUCCCCCCGUAUUUCCAAACACAAAAAGGCCCUUUUCAGGGCCACCCACUUGUCUCUUGAAAAGAGCUGUAGUUAGUCGUCGUUCUUUUUUAGCUCUUGACUCGUGUUGGAGUACUUAGUUUCUAAACGGGUUAAGAAUGGUUAGUUGCUGUUCCGUGUGAGGCGCUUCUUUGAUCGCUUUGUAACUCCGGGAGUUCACUUCAUCGUCGGGCUGCGUCGUUGGUUUGCGGCAUUCGGGUCUGUUUAAGCCGCGUCCUGAGCGUUUUUAUAGCGGCAGAGCAGCUCAUUGUUUUCCCCGGGAGCGUUCUCCG